CAGGGACAGGGACAGGGAGGGGACACAGCCAUGGGGCUGCUGACCUUCAUCCCGCUGUUCGCCUCUCUCCCGAUCCUUUUCCCGUUGGCCAUGCCUUCAGACCUCCUUCCCCCCGCCCCCGACAUCUCAGUGACGCCGGCCAAGCCGCAGUUCCUCAUCGGCGACACCGUGUUCAUCCUCUGCGCCGUGCCGGGCCCGGCAAAUCAGGACCAGAUCCAAGGAUUUCGCUUCUCCAGGAUGUCCGGUUCGGUCACCGAUGUCCGGACGUCCAAGAGGAGUUUCGUCCGCACCUUCAACGUCACCGACCUGCAAGAUGGCGGCUUCCACACCUGCUCCUACAUAGUGCUCCGGCGUGGUGGCGGCCAUGUCAUCUCCCUGCCCAGCCAGGCCGCGCUCAUCAAUGUCCAAGAUCGCCCAAUCCAACCCAACUUGACGGUGACUCCCUCCAGCGUCACCGUGGAAGGGCAGCCCCUCAUCUUCCUCUGCGCAAUGCGACCUGGCACCGCCGAGCGGAGAUUUGGGUUCUUCCAGGUUGAGCUCGAGGUCACGGACGGGAUCCAGGAAGGUUCCAGAGCUGCUGGCGUCUGGCUGCAGGUGGAGAAGACCGGCCGGAACAGGACCGGGAACUUCAGCUGCCGCUACGAGGAGAUGACUGAGGGGCGCUGGAUCACGUCCUACCCCAGCGACUCCGUCCAGGUCAUCGUCGAAGAUCUGUGUCCGGCCCCCAUCCUGUCUGUGGAGCCGCCCUCGGGCGUGGUGGCUGUGGGCCACCGGCUGCGGCUGAGCUGCGUCGCGCCCCGGCGCCGAUUCUGGCAGCGCUUCGGGUUCUACCGCGACGGCACCAAGGUGACGCCAAAUGCUGGUGACGUCAUUGGUGACGUCAUCACCUGGAAUGGGUCCGAGCUGAUCUUUCUGAAUAUUUCUCAAAAUUUCGCUGGGAAUUUCAGCUGCCAGGUGGAGGAAGAGGUGGGCGGGGCCUGGCUGGAGGCUCUGCCCAGCCGGGGCGUGACUGUGGUGGUGAGGGCCCCUCCCACCCAGCCCAUCCUCCUCCUGACCCCUCUCUCGGCCUCUCCGGACGGCUCCGAAUCCCAAAUUUCCCUCACCUGCCUCGCCCCUGACCCCUCCGGCCAUGUCCGGCGCCACUUCCGCUUCUACUGCGACGGCUAUGAGACCACCGAGGCCAGCCCCUGGCCACAAAUUUCUGUCGCCGUCCCCUCUGCGGUCACGGCCGGAGCCGGACACUUCAGCUGCCGCUACGAGGAGGAGCUGGACAUGGGCUGGGUGCUGUCCCCGCUCAGCGCUGCUGUCAGAGUACCCGCCUCAGCUCAGUUCAAUCUCCUCCCCUUGGUCGUUGGCGGCGUCGUGGGCGUGGCCUCGCUGCUUCUCGUGCUCCUAUUGGCUGCUUGGAUUUGCGGAAGGAGGAGGGGGGGUUCUCUCUGGCAGGGGCUGAGCCCUGGUGACGACACCGGGACUUUGCCCAUGUGGGACCUCGAGGUGGCCGCCUGAGCCGGGCCACAUCCACCAAGGUGGCCGCCGGUGCUGCUGAGACCACGCCCCCUAGAUGGCUUAUGAAAUGUUGAGACCACGCCCCAAAAUGGCCGACAGAAUUCUGAGACUACGCCCCCAAGAUGGCUGAAAAAAUGUUGAGCUCAUGCCCCUAAGAUGGCCGACAAAAUUCUGAGAAUACAUCCCCAAGAUGGCUGAGAAAAUGCUGAGACCACGCCCCCAAGAUGGCUGAUAAAAUGCUGAAACUAUGUCACCAGGAUGGCUGACUAUGUGCUGAGACCACACCCCAAAGAUGGCUGGCAAAAUGCUGAGACCACACUCCAAGAUGGCUGACAAAAUGCUGAGACUAUGCCCCCAAGAUGGCCGACAAUGUGUUGAGACCACACCAAAAAUGGCUCCAGACCAUGCCCAAAUAUGGCUGCCAGUUCAAAGGUCACACCCCCAAUAUGGCCGACAAAAUAAAGGUCAUGCCCCAAAACGGCCGAAAAAAGACCACUCCCCCAAAAUGGCUGUGGUGGGUGGGGCAAGGCCAUGGCAGCCAAUGGGGAUUGGUGGAUUCGAUGGCACUGUGUCCUGAUUGGCCGACUCGGACUUGGGGGGAAAUCAUUUUAUGCAAAUGAGAUACUAGUGAGGGGCGUGGUGUUCUGCGGAUACUAGGAAUGAUUUAUGUAAAUUAGAUGUAAAUUAGUGGCACAAGAAAGGAAUUGAUGAUGUUCGUAUGCAAAUGAGAUGCUAAUGAGG